UUCGACUGCUGUAAAAUUUACCUUCAUCACCUCGUCAGAAGAAGUAGUAGACUGUGGCGGCGAAAAAGAAUCGUUCUUUUGAUGUGGUUUCUUGGUUGUCGCUCAUCAUGUCAUAUGAAGGCACAUCAUCACAAAAAGCAGCAAAGAACCAAAGCAAACCAUCGCAGGAUUCUCUUUGCAGCAGGCUAAAUGACAUCCGCAUCAAUGAAGAAGUCAAGAUAGCUGUGAACGUCGCUAUGGAGAGAUUUCAAUACAGUGAUGAUAAAGAAAUGGAAUUUCCUUCAUCCUUUCACGCUCAUGAGAGGGCUUAUGUUCAUCGUAUGGCACGCUCUUUGGGCUUCAUUUCUCGCAGCAAAGGGAAAAAGUCAAGACGCGUUGUUACGGUCAAGAAGAAGGACGUUUCAAACAAACCUCAGCCUGCAAUGCCACUUUCGCUCUCCAGUAAUUCCUUGUUUUACAUACGCAACCUACUCCAGAGGUUUCCCAUUACCAACAAGGAGCGCAUAGACUUGCAGCCAAAUACUAGCAGUAGCACAUCUGUGACUACAGACUCUGAUGGCAACAUUGACAAGAACAGGACAAGGGGCCGCUUGAACAAUGGCAUUCCUCUUGUGCCUCCGAUGAGGACUCCGUCAGAGCUGGAUAGCUUUCGGCGUUCUUUACCUGUGCAUGAACGUCGUGAAGAGAUUGUUCAGCUCAUCAAGGAAAACAAGGUGGUCCUGAUAGUGGGAGAAACUGGCUCUGGCAAAACCACUCAGAUCCCACAGUUCCUGCUGGAUGACUGCAGUACGAAUGAGAUGCCCUGCAGGAUCUUUUGCACACAGCCCCGACGCUUGGCAGCCAUCGCCGUAGCAGAAAGGGUUGCAGCUGAGCGAGGCGAGAGAGUUGGACAGACGGUUGGUUAUCACAUCAGACUGGAGAGCAGGGUCUCUCCUAGGACAUCACUGACUUUUUGCACCAGUGGUGUCUUCCUCAGAACCCUGAUGGGUGGAGAUGACAGCCUCUUGACAGUCACGCAUGCCAUUGUGGAUGAGGUGCAUGAAAGAGAUGGCCUAACUGACUUCCUGCUAACCAAGAUACGAGAUGUGAUUCAGAAGAUACCCACUUUAAAAUUGGUCCUCUCCAGUGCUGCCCUGGAUGUAGACCUUUUUUGCCAGUACUUUGGUUCCUGUCCAGUUGUGUAUAUCAAAGGACGACAGUUUGAGGUGAAGGAAGUUUUUCUGGAGGAUGUCCUGCGGUUUACGGGAUACAGCAAUAAGGACAUGAUGAAAUUUAAAGAAGAUGCACAGAGAACGGAAAAGAAGCAGAAACGUUUGACUGAGUGGUGUCAAGCUGUAGAGAACGGUUCCGUCCAAGAGGAGGACACAACUGCUGAUUGUGCCGCCGGCUUUGUGCAAGACAGCAGCUCUUUAGAACAAGGGAACAAGAACUCCAACAAGCUGACUGAAACUGGACAGCUGCACCCGUGGCUGCUGAAGGAGAUGGACUCCUGUAUUUUCAACAUUUUUCUCAAUGAAGACCAGGAUGCAUUCAUUCAACUCUUCAACCUCAUCCUAAAUGAAAAUGUUAAUGUGGACUACAUGCACAGUGAGACAGGGGUCACAUCGCUGAUGGUGGCAGCAGGUCGAGGUUUUGUCGAAGAGAUGAAGCAACUUCUUGUUAUGGGGGCCGACGUCAACACCGUAUCCUCAAGUGGAUGGACUGCUUUAGAGUUUGCCAUGCACUUCCAGCAGGCCGACGCUGUGGAUCUGCUGAAGUCCUCCAUGGCAUUAGGAGAACAGCACAAACUGGACGAGUCGGCAUUAGAGAGUUGUGGAACUAUAGAGCUGAGUGCUGAGGAGCAGGAGCUACUGGACUCAUACCAUCGCAGCUUCGAUGAUGACAGGGUGGAUCUAGACCUCAUCCUGAAUUUACUUUACAAUAUUUGCACAACUUCCAGUGACGGUGCCAUUCUGAUUUUUCUCCCUGGAUAUGAAGAAAUAGUGACCCUCAGAGACCACAUCCUCUGUGAUGAUCAGAGGUUCUCCACUCUCUCUGAAAGGUGCCAGGUGUUCACCUUACACUCGGACAUGCAGACUCUGGACCAGAAGAGAGCCAUGAAGAACUCACCACCUGGCAUCAGGAAAAUAAUCCUUUCUACGAACAUUGCCGAGACAAGCAUCACCAUCAAUGAUGUGGUCUUCGUCAUUGAUUCAGGAAAGGUCAAAGAGAAAUCCUUUGAUACCCUUAAUCGUGUCUCUAUGUUGAAGAGCGUUUGGAUCUCCAAAGCUAGUGCUGUUCAACGGAAGGGACGAGCUGGGCGAUGUAGACCAGGAAUUUGCUUCCACCUCUUCAGUAGACUCAGGUUCAACAACAUGCUGGAAUUCCAAAUUCCUCAACUUCUCAGGAUGCCGCUUCAGGACGUGUGUCUCCAGACCAAACUGCUGGCUCCCUCCACCUCUUCGGUUGCUGAAUUCUUAUCCAAAGCGCCACAGCCACCUCCUGCACAUGCAGUCAAGAAUGCUAUACAGAUGCUGAAGAUGACUGAUGCAAUGGACCAGUCUGAAGAUCUGACUGACUUAGGGUACCAUCUUGCUGAUUUACCUGUGGAACCCCAUUUGGGCAAGAUGGUGCUGUGUGCUGUCUUACUCAAGUGCUUAGAUCCUAUUCUGACCAUUGCCUGUACGCUUGCCUAUCGGGACCCCUUCAUUCUUCCAUCUGAGGGAUCUCAGAAGAGGGCUGCCUUGCUCUGUCGCAAGCAGUUCACUUCCAACUCUUUCAGUGACCACAUGGCCUUCCUGAGAUCCUUCCAGGCAUGGCAGAAAGCACGGAGUGAAGGAUGUGAGAGGUCCUUCUGUGAGAAGAACUUUCUUUCUCAGGCCACCAUGAAUAUGAUUCUUGGCAUGAGGACACAGCUGCUGGGACAGCUCCGUGCCAUUGGUUUUGUCCGGGCUCGUGGGGGCAGUGAUAUCCGUGAUGUCAACCUAAACUCUGAGAACUGGGCUGUGGUGAAAGCUGCCCUGGUGGCAGGCAUGUAUCCAAACUUGAUCCAUACAAAAACAAAGGUCUCUGGUAUUAAGGAGAAGAGAGUCAACUUCCAUCCUACCUCCGCCUUUAGCCUGCUUCAGUUAAAAGAGAAAUCAUCAGCCAAGCCUCCCCAGAACCUUCCCACAGAUUGGUUCAUCUAUGAUGAGAUGACUCGGAGUCACAGUACAGCCAGUGUCCGCUGUUGUACCAUGGUGACGCCCAUCGUUGUUGCCAUAUUUGCGGGCUGUGCCAAACUACCCAGCUCUGCUUUACAGGAACCUGUUGUGCAGAAGGACAGUACCCUGAAUGACAGCAGUGACAGUGAGGUGGACGACCUUGCUGAGAUGAAGAUUGACGACUGGCUCAUCUUUGAAUUGGAUAAAGAGGUGAGCUGCUCAAAUCCAGUGUUUCCACAGCCAGCCUCUUCAGUUGUACGGUACUUCAUUAUGAAGAGCAGCAACCUCAGGAACAUUGAGAUUUCUCAGCAGAAGGGCAUUUGGUCCACAACACCAAGCAAUGAGCCCAAACUCAACAAGGCCUUCCUGGAGAAUAAUGUCAUCAUCCUAAUCUUCUCUGUUCAAGGCUCUGGACACUUCCAGGGUUAUGCUCGCAUGAUGUCGAGUAUCAGUCAGGAGAGUUGUGAUGACUGGGGCUUCAUAGGACUUGGAGGUGUGUUUAGUGUAGAAUGGAUCCGCAAGGAGAGUCUUCCUUUCCACUGCUCCCAACACAUCCAGAACCCAUGGAAUGACAACAAGAAAGUCCAGAUCAGCAGAGAUGGGCAGGAGUUGGAACCUCAAGCUGGCAGCCAAUUACUGUUGAUGUGGGAGAGCAGCUGAAGAAAUCAAGUUCAGUAACUGUGCAUAAGGGCCACACUGCCAGAAGUGGAGAAACAGACGGUUGGUGAAGUGAGAUCUCUAUGAAAUGUGUCCCAACACAGUGGUCUGUUCUGUUCCAUGUUUUAUUUAUUGUAUGUGUUUUUCUUGAAUAUGUCCACCUGUAGCUCCAUAAUCAAGCUGCACGUAUAAUCUGAAAUGGAGAACAUGUUCCCAGACUGUUGUUAAUGUCUGAAAUGUGAUUGUUGGGUCUGAACGUGAGCUCUGCGUACCAGCUGCUUCACUUCAGCAAGUUUGUUGAUUACAGUUCAGAUUAUUGCAUUUAGGCACACUUAUCUUCUGGAUGGUAAUAUUGUUGCAAAGGAACAACUUUGUUUUUUUGUUUUUUUAAAUGAGUCAGUUCCUUAACAUUAAAGUACUCAGCACUUAGACUUUUCCCUGUUUUAAGACAUAAACUCACAUUAAGCGUUGUAAUAAAAAACAAUGGUAGAAGUGAAAACAGAUUUACAGUGACCUAAAUGUAAA